UGCCAUUAAGUAGACGGCGGAGGAAGCAGCAGCAGCUAUCUACUUUCUGAACAUAAUUUAGUUUGUAAUCUGUGUUAUACUGCUGCUUUGGGGAGCCUUUAUAAUAAAUCAGUUGUGCCAUAUAGUGGCUGCUGCCUGCCGUGUCCAUCCAUAAACCAAACUGCCGUCCAGCUCAGAGUCAGAGCGACGUCACGCGGCUGCGGAGAGGGGCGUCAGUGCGCCUUCACGAGCUUCACACACGCUGUGGCAUGUUUACCGAGUGGAGAGUUUGAUCCGACUUGCAGAGCGCAUGUGGACUGUCACCCUGUCUGGGACCGAGCAGACAAUGAAGAGCAGCGACAGACCUGGUCUCCGUUUCUUUCUCUGACUAGGCUAUAUUAUAUAAGAUGAGAGCCUUUGUGUUGGGUCUGAUGAGUUCAGGAGGAUUUCUGAAGGGAACAUUAACAGUUUACACAGAAAAAAUGUCCACAACUGCAAGUCCAACCAUCCCCUCCUCACAGCUGACAUCGGAUCAACUCACAGUGGUCGCUGCAUCCUUUUCUUCUCUGGUGUUCUUUGUGGUCAUUGUGGUGCUGCUGUCCAUUAUUUACCGCAAGGAUCUUCAGUGCUGCAAACUCCGCUCCUAUCAGGGACCACAUGCAGAUAUGGAUGCUCUUCCUCAGUACUACAGCAGCAGACAGACACUGGUGGGAUCUCCUUGUCUGGAGCAGACUCAGAUCAUGGAUGACAACAACACUCAGCAGGCAGGUCAGCUGUUCUACGUCGGCCUUCCCUCCAGCUACAGCCUGCCGACACUGGAGGCCCCCCUGCCGAGACUCCCCUCCUAUGAGAGCGUCCGAAAGAAGGACCGCCAGAGGCAGAUCCACCUAAUGAUCGCAGACCGCUUCGGCCUCAAUGGACCCAUUGUGACUGAGCCUCCUCCAACAUAUGAAGAGAGUAUCCGCCAGUCAAUGGAGCUGCCGUACAACAUCCUCUCAUCCAGUCUGGACAUCUCCCCUCCUCAGAGUAUCUACACCAACACAGGGCCUGACACACAUCAUCCAGUCAACUGUGAUAACACCAAUAGCACUGUUCUACAUGUGUGAUUACUGAGCAAGCAUCUCAAGCUGUCUGAUGAAUGUGAAAGGCACGUGAUAGCUUUAUGUACAGAUGAAGUUACCAAAAGAACACAGGUGUUGAAGAUUGGAUCACGUCUGGAUCCUUCACACAAGCUGAUUCAGAUACCUCAAGAAGGCUGAGUUUAUCUUGAGUGAUAGCUGAUAAAAGGAGCAACCAUAAGGACACCUUUGGCUUGGCACAUUUGAAUGUUAAAAACACUUUGUGACAGUUACACUCUGCCAUGCUGAUACAUUUUAACAGAGAAUCACUGGAUAUUGACUGUAUUGACUAUUGACUUUUUUACUGAGGUGGCUGGUUCACCUUGAAGAAGAAAGUCGUGGACUACAACAUACCAAGAAGGAAACCACUAUUUACUUUGUUGAUUAUACUUUCAGUGAACACUUGUCUUCUCUUGUAUUGUGCUGUUCCUAAAACCAGAGACUUCAUUGUCUGGAUUGUAAGAUUAUUGGAGAACUGUUUGUGUCUAUGUCAAACCUAGACAUUUCGAUGUCUUCUAGAAGGAGCGGACCGCUCCAGUCGCCUCUCUGUCAGCUCUGCAAAAUGUAUCCUGAAUUGUCUAAUUUACAAAUAUUAGUUGUCUUUUAUGUGGUUGACAUUGGAUGGUGAUGGCGUGUGGCUAUGAGUCGCUCAUCAGGAUCAAGAAAUCAACUUGCAAGUCUCCUGCCAACUCUGCUAACCUGGGCUAGCAGUCAAGUGUAAACAUCAGAGUGAACACAGAGGGAAAUGUAGGGCCUAUCAGCUACGACCUUUGGUUACUAUCCCGACUACUUGGACAAGCAAGACCAUCUUACAUCCAUCUCCAUCUCUAGGGAGGGCACCGGGGCAAGCGUGGAGCAAUUGAACACUGACUGCGACUUCUCUGGAUUCCAACGGGAUGUCGGGACGAUGGUGUCCUUUUGCCGAGACUUGGCUGGAUCUUUGAGUGCCGGUGCCUUUCAACCGGGUGACUCUUUUUUUGUGUGCCGAUCUGACGGCCACAUUCUGCUUUAUAAUGAAUCAUGCUCAAGUUGAAGGAGCUGAUGGGAUUACAUUUAACUGGAAUUAUACCUCGUACAAUUUCAUGUGACAAAUUAAAUUGGGUGAUUGAUUGAUGAUUGAUUGAUUGAUUGAUUGAUUGAUUGAUUGACUGACUGACUGAUUGAUUCUUUACCCUAACAAAGCCGUGUUAUACUUCCAUACAGCAUGUGGUUCAUCCUGUGAGAGGGAGAACUAGGCCUACAAAAGGUGCUAAUGAGAGUGCCUUCCAUGAAGUUAUAUUAAGACAUAUCCCGAGAAAUGUUUUUUUUUUUACCACACGUUUUUUUUUCUGAUAAGGCAGAUGGGACUCUUGAUGAUUUCACACUUUUGCAUAGCUAGGACAAAAACAUUGAUUAGUUUGUUCUGUUCUCCAAGAACAGGCGUCAUGGAGCAGAGCGAAGUGGAGUGAAAUGAGAACAACGAAGAAAUACCAAGUUCCUUGUCGAGACCUGUUUUGUUUUUCUUUAUCCUACAAAGUUAUUCUCUGCAACCUAUCAUGUACACACGGCAAAUGUUUGUCCUGCACAUUGUCAUGUACUGUAUUUAUAGAAGAAAAGUUAGUGACUCCUGAAACAAAUGAAAUAAAUACUUUUCUUGUUUUGUU